AUGACGGUGGCAGGGAUGGCACUUAAGAGCCCCACCAUGAGCCCCGGACUCCUCUCCCCCAUCCGGGCCCUGAUGGAGCUGCACUGGGUUGUCUGUCCUCCUCCAUCUGCAGCCAAGGAUGAGCCCGGCGGUGGGACCCUAGGUCCUGGAGCUGAGCUCCCGGGGGAUCACCCUCCAGCUGCAGCCAAGGAUGAGCCCGGCGGUGGGACCCUAGGUCCUGGAGCUGAGCUCCUGGGGGAUCACCCUCCAGCUGCAGCCAAGGAUGAGCCCGGCGGUCCCCUGCCGGGGCUGCAGCAUGCCACCUGCCACACAGGAAGCUCCCUGCCCGGCACAGCUGCCUGCCAGUGGGAGCACAGUCCCCAGGCUGCAGCCAGCAGGGCCCCAAGCCGGCCAAGCAAACAGCGCCACCCGCCUUCCCUGCCCCGGCGGAGGCCUUCUGAGCAGACCGGGGCCAGCUCUGCCCUCCAGGUGCGGCACGUAUGCUUGGUCGCUGUCAUGAAGCACCAGUCUGGGGACGCCCGAAGAGGCAGUGGCCCUGCCUUGCUGGUGACUGAGCGCGCUCCCUGCGGUGGUCCAGCCAGCCUGCUGGGACCCCUGCCCUCUCCCCGCCUCCUGCCCAGCUUGGUCCCCGGCUACCCAGCUCUGCAGGCACGGCAGGGGCCAGCCUCCGGGGCUUCCACCACCUCAGACCCGGCUGAAGAGCCGGCUCCCUCCUCGGGACACCCUCCCUUUGUGGGAAGCACAAACCGCCCUCACUCCUGGGGCGGGCUCACUCCCCAGCGGCUCUCCCAGGGAGCCUGCUUCCCAGGGCCGGGCCCGAUGGAGGGAGGGCGUGUGGAGCGGCCCCCUGUGUGCUGCGCGCCCUCUUCCGCUGAAGCCUCCCCUGCCCCGGGGACCUGGCCCCACUAG